AAAAUAAAUAAAUAACGAAUUGCCUUGCUCAGGGGGAUACAAACCAGUGAACUUUCGGUUACUGGCCCAAUGCUCUUAACUGCUAGGCUACCUGCCACCUCGUCAGCAGUUCAUUAUCAAGAGUUUACGAUGAGAGAAGAGAAGGCAAAGGGUAAUGUGAAAUCAGAGAAACAGGACACAUCAUCCGAGCUCAAGUCACGGCAAUGGUACUGAGAUGUUCUCAAAACGUCCCCGUGGACAAUCUCGGAAAUCCCAGACCUGACAGGAAGUGUUGUUCAUAUGGGAGGCAGGCAACUUCGCGUGAUUAAAGGACAAACCAUUCCUCCCCAUAGCAACUAUGCAAAUAAGUAAUUCCAGAACCAACAACUCCCCCCCCCCCAAAAAAAAAAAACAAGCUCAAUCAAUCACCCAGAAGAUUUACAUUGACAGAAUUCUCACUUUAGUCAUUGACUUAGCGACUUAUUUGCCAUUGAGUGAAAACUGAGCAGCAAAACAUGCUUCAAACAGACUCGGAGUUCACUAAAACGCGAUGGAUCUGUACCAUCAUCGGACUGGGCUUUUACCUGGUGGACAUUGUGACAGAUGUGGGACUAGCAGUGAAGUACUUCCUGGUUGGAGACCUGGUCUGGGCUGGACUGACUCUGCUCUCUGUGGCGGUCGCAUCGGCAGCCACACAGGUCUUCAGCUACACCUGGUACAGAGAUGACAUGCGAAAACCCCUUGUUAACCCAGGUGGAGAUGGGCUGAUAUGUGAGAUGAAUAGAGGAGGACUGAUUGGACUCCAUGUCAUGCAGACGGGCAUCUUCACCAGGUACUACGACCUGUUGAAGGUGGGAUACAGGGCUGUAUUUUCCAAGCCUCUUGGGCCUGUUGAAUGCCCCAGAGAUGUGCACCUGGCCCUGUUUGGCCGAGCGACUGAUCUGAGCAUGCUCAAACUGUUUGAGACGUUCCUUGAGAGCGUUCCACAGCUAGUCCUCCAACUCUACAUUAUGCUGGGCCACGGACACAGGUCCAUACUACAAUGCAUCUGCAUGGUGGGCUCAUUCAUCAACAUCGCCUGGGCUAUAGUGGACUACCGCCGGUGUCUCCGUCGAUCCUUACCCCAGGUCCGAGAGAUGCCUUCUGGCCUCCCUACCUUCGUCUACCUCCUAUACAAGCUGUUGACCAUCACCGCUCACAUCCUCAGCCUCAGCCUCUUCCUCGUCCUCAGCCCCUACAGUACCCUGGGAAUGGCUGUCGUCUGGCUGGCUGGAACCCUCUGGGCCUAUUGGGUCCGUACUGAUUUCUGCAUGUCUAAAGGUCUAGAGAGGCUCUAUCGGAUCAUCGUGGGAGUCGUCCUCAUAUUCACCUUCUUUAACGUGAAAGGACAGGAUACCAGAUGGCCGAUGGCUGUGUACUACGUUCUCUUUGCGUUAGUGAACCUCUCUGGUCCUUUGCUGCUGGUUCUGGUGAGGCCAGAGGUUAACGCUUCUGAGUACUUCUGGCCGGUGACUCUGCUGAUAUUUGGAGGGACCGUUCUAGGGCUGGUCUGUCUGCUCCUGUAUUAUACUGUCUGCCACCCCAGAAGGAGGAGUCUACAGGGAGAUGAGGUGGAUGGACACAUGGCACAGGAGAGAGAAACAGAGACGCCAGACAACAUGGUGAGAGUUAGGAACUUCCUACAGCUCUGAGCCUCGUUUCCUGCUCCACUCUGAACGACCUGAACAACCUGAACAACCUGAAAGACCUGAAUGACCUGAUAGACCUGAAAGACCUGAUAGACCUGAAUGACCUGAAAGACCUGAAUGACCUGAAUGACCUGAAAGACCUGAUAGACCUGAUGGUCCUGAAUGACCUGAACAACCUGAACAACCUGAACAACCUGAACAACCUGAAUGACCUGAACAACCUGAAUGACCUGAACAACCUGAAUGACCUGAAUGACCUGAACGACCUGAUAGACCUGAAAGACCUGAUAGACCUGAAAGACCUGAUAGACCUGAACAGUUAAAAAUGAGUCUGAUGUUUGACCUUUCAGGUCUGGUCCCUUCAGCUGAGAUCAAGGAGAGGACAUAAGGGAGUCACUUCACGCUAGUGAAACCCAGCCCCUAUCUGUGGAUUCAGGAUGUGCAACGCAAAACAGAGAACACAAGGUGGCACUGUUGUCUCUCUUUACAGGCUAGGGCCAUCUAGCAUUUUUGGGUAAAGUGAAGAGGAAGACGUUGCUAUGGACGUUGCCGUUGCUAUGAUGACGUUACUAUGGACUUUCUCUUUGAUAUGUUAAAGACUCUUUUACUGACCUGCCAAUAACUGAAAGAUGUCUAAUUUAUUUUAAUCUCUGACACACUUUCCACUGUUCCUGCCUAGUUUAACUGUCUUUUAACCUCUAUACAUUUACUAUCUGUGACUGCACUUUAGAACUUUUAAAUAUAAUAUAUUUAAUAAAUAAAAAUGUAGCAUGUAAAUGUA